CUUGCUUUAACACAUUCCUAACAAGUAAAAGGAAAAGAAAAAAAAGGCAAUAUUUGAGUAGAAACAUAUAAAAAGUUUAUAUAUAUUUUUUUAAAUUAGAGAAAAAGGGGUGUAUAAGGAAAAAUGGUAAGACCACCUUGUUGUGAUAAAGAAGGUGUGAAAAAAGGACCAUGGACUCCUGAAGAAGAUAUCAUUUUGGUGUCUUAUAUUCAAGAACAUGGUCCUGGAAAUUGGAAGGCUGUUCCUACCAAUACAGGUUUGUUAAGGUGUAGUAAGAGUUGUAGACUUAGAUGGACAAAUUAUUUGAGGCCAGGAAUCAAAAGGGGUAACUUCACUGACCAAGAAGAGAAAAUGAUUAUUCAUCUUCAAGCUCUUUUAGGAAAUAGAUGGGCUGCAAUAGCUGCAUAUCUUCCUCAAAGAACAGAUAAUGACAUAAAAAAUUAUUGGAACACUUAUUUGAAGAAAAAGCUCAAGAAAUUGGAAACAAGCAAUUGUUCUGAAUCAAGUUUAGGAAAUGAAUUUUCAGUUUCUCAACCAAUUGCUAGAGGUCAAUGGGAAAGAAGGCUUCAAACCAACAUUGACAUGGCAAAAAAAGCACUUAGUGAAGCUCUUUCACAAGACAAAAGCACUUUUAAUGAAGGAAGGGCAAAAGGGUCAAUUCAUGUUGAAUCAAAACCAACAGCAACACAAACACAAUCUUUUUGUUAUGCUUCAAGUGCUGACAACAUAGCUCGUUUGUUAAAAGGUUGGAUGAAAAAUAAACCAAAAGGGUCACAUAGUAAUAAUAAUUCAUAUGUGACACAAAAUUCAUUUGCUUGUGACAAUGCUUCUAGUGAAGGAAGGGCAAAAGGGUCAAUUAGUUUUGAAAUCGAUGAGACUUUUGAAUCUUUGUUUGGUUAUGAGUCUUUGGAAUCUUCAAAUUCUGAUCAAUUUUCACAAUCUGUUUCCCCUGAAGUUACAAUUUUCCAAGAUGAGAGUAAGCCAGAGAUUGGUGAUAAUGAAAUUAUGCAUUUCUCUAUGCUUGAGAAAUGGCUUCUAGAUGAUAGUGCUUGUCAAGAGAAAAAUAGCCUUAGUGAAAUUAAUUACAUAUUUUGAAAAUUGUUGCCACUUUAUUUUAGAAUUUUAAAUUUUGUAAGAUUCUAGGACUUACCCUAGUUGAAUAUCUCACUUUGGCCUUUAAACCCUUUGGUGGUAGAAAUGUAAAUUCCAAUCCAAUAUUAUUGACAUUAUAAUAUGAUGAUGAUCAUAUUCUAAUUAAUUCUUAGAUGUCU